AUGUUAUCAAAGACUUCUCGGCGCAAGCAGAAGCGCGCACAGUCGCAGAAACCCAACGGUUCUCGAUUUUAUGCUUUGCUUACCUGGAAUUGGAUUGUGAAAUCUGUAAUCACGAGCUUACUAGCCCUAAUAAUAGGGCGAUACGUGCAAAUCCGAGGCUCGGAAACCCCUUUCGAUCUUCGACCCAUCGACAAGGACAGUUACUGGUCUAGUCACCGGGAGGAGGUCAAAGACUCUUUCGUGAUUAGUUGGGAUGCUUACACUAAGUAUGCCUGGGGGCAGGAUCGCUUCCAUCCCAUCUCUAAAACUGGCUCACAAAUGAGCCCCAGCGGUCUGGGGUGGAUCAUCGUCGAUAGCCUGGAUACACUGAUGAUCAUGAAUUUGACCACGCAGCUCUCCGAUGCCCGGAAGUGGCUUAACCGUGGCUUGACUUACAACCAAGACCAAGAUGUGAACACUUUUGAGAUGACCAUUCGCAUGCUUGGAGGACUUCUGUCUGCCCAUUACUUGUCUAAUGUGCUUCCGGAUGUUUCAUCUCGCCGGGACUAUAUAUAUCUGUCUAAAGCAGUCGAUCUGGGCGAUCGGCUUCUUGGUGCAUAUGAAUCCAGGUCAGGGAUCCCAUAUGCAAGCGUUAAUAUUGGGACCAGAGAAGGCCUUCCCUCCCAUGCAGAUGGUGGCGCUUCAUCCACGGCUGAAGCCACUACGCUCCAAUUGGAAAUGAAGUACCUUGCCCACCUCACCGGUAAGGAGGUUUACUGGCGUAAGGCUGAGCACGUCAUGAAGGUUAUAGAUAAUCACCGUAUGCAGGACGGCCUUCUCCCGAUCUUUGUGCACCCGGACACUGGACAAUUUAGACACAAGGAGAUUCGUCUUGGGAGUCGGGGGGAUUCAUACUAUGAAUACUUAAUCAAGCAAUAUUUGCAGACUUCUGGACAGGAGCCAGUAUACCGUGAGUUGUGGGAAGAGGCGUUGGUCGGGAUACAAAAGCAUUUGAUUACUUCUACAAAGCAUUCAAAACUCCAGUUCAUCGCCGAGCUACCGCAGGGUAUAGGUGGGCCAUUAUCCCCUAAGAUGGACCAUCUUGUCUGCUUCUUACCGGGCUCCAUCGCGAUCGGCGCUACUGAGGGACUGACUGAGAAGGAAGCGCGGAAAAGGCCCAGUUGGAAUUCCCGGAAAGAGCACCAGAUGCAACUAGCGCGGGAGCUCAUGAAGACCUGCUGGGCGAUGUAUGCAGUCACGAACUCUGGUCUAUCCCCGGAGAUUGCCUGGUUUGAAGUCGACGAAGCCGAUAUACGACCAUCAUCUCGUCCAUCUCCCACGGCUAGAAGUAAAGAUGACAAGGCCUGCUGGAAGCGGGACCUGAACAUCAAACCUCUGGAUGCUCACAACCUGCAGCGACCGGAAACUGUUGAAAGUCUUUUCUUGAUGUAUCGUGUGACCAACGAUCCCUUGUACCGAAAAUGGGGAUGGGAGAUUUUCAAAGCGUUCAAGGAACACACGGUAGUAAAAGACGGAGAAGGGUACGCAUCUUUGCACGAUGUCACAAAGGUUCCCACACCGCAACGUGAUAAUAUGGAAAGCUUCUGGCUGGCCGAAACCUUGAAAUAUUUAUACCUUCUUUUCUCUCCAAGGGAAUUCCUCCCGCUCACCGAAGUCGUUUUCAAUACAGAGGCCCAUGUGCUACCUCGCUUUAACCAGAGCAAAUUCCAGACGGGCUGGAAACGUAGGGAACUUUAA